UUCCAGAAAAUAUUCCUACCUUUUUGCAUGGACGCAAGUCGUGGUUUCUUCACAUUCUUCAUUUCUCUGUCCUCCUUGCCGUUUAUGCGUCUAACCUUCGUCCUUUUCACUCCUUCUCUCUCUCUCUCUCUGUAAAAACUAGAAACCCCAUUUUUUGAAAGGCAAUUCUAUUUCUUCUACUUGUCUAUCGCUUCUCUCUCUGAAUGGGAUGAUUCUACCACGUGGGUCUUCUCCAAAGUCCCAGCUUUUCUUUGCUCCCGUUCAUGGCUUUCGUGUCCUCGGGAUGAGUAUACUAUCCAAGUUCUGUUCUAAGAGGGUUAUCCAGCAGUAAGGUCUUCAGAUAUGGGAGCCUCGAGUUCUAAAGUAGAGGAAGAUAAGGCCCUGCGACUAUGUCGUGAAAGGAAAAAGCUUGUUAAGCAAGCCCUUCAUGGAAGAUGCACACUUGCGACAGCCCAUGCUGAAUACAUUCAGUCAUUAAGAUGUACUGGGACUGCUCUCAAGAUAUUCGUACAACCUGAAGGUCCAGUAGAAUCACCCUUAUACCAUUCCACUAAUGCAACUCCUGAGCCCCUUGCCUUUACUGAGAAAUCAGUAUCCCAAUUCUCAUUUUCCUCUCCAUCCUUCUCACAACGUGUGGAUGCUGUCAGCAAUCUUUCUCCGUCACCUUCUCCUCCUACAUCAAGUCAGUUUCAGGCAAAUCAUAUGCAAUUCAGGGGUAGUAUUUCUCACAAGGUUGAAGCAAAAUUGCCCUCACCCGUAAUUGGAACUAUAACUUCAUCAGACAUUCCACCAAGUACCACACGUCAAACCUUUGAAAGACCUCGAGCACUAUCUUUUGAAGGCUCUUCUGCACCUCAGGAAGGAGCUUGGGAUUACUUUUUUUCUUCAGAUAAUCAUGAAUUUUCUUUUCAAGAUGGGAGUGGUGUGAAUAAUGGAGAGUUUGAAUUUGAGAAUGCUGGUGGCUUAAAAUACUUUAAGGAAGAGGAUGGAAAUUUUGAAAAUGGAGAUGGAGAAGAGAAGGGUUCCUUACAUGGAGAGGAGGAAUCUCAAAACUCGGAGGAUGAGUUUGAUGAACCUUCUUCAGAAACUCUGGUGCGCAGUUUUGAAAAUUUUAACAGGGUAUACAAUGAUGGAGCAGCAAAUACCUCUCCUACUAUGCAUACUGUGAAAACUGUAGCUUCAGAGCCUGAGUUAGUGAAUCAGGGGAAGAACCACUCUCCUGGUUUGUCACCUUUAAGAACCACGUCUUCAGUAGUUCCGUUUACAUCUGUUUUUGGCAAAGCAACUGCAAAAGAAGAUAGUAUUGAGAAUACAGCUGUUCCCAUGGACUUCUUUUCAAGUAUGAAAGAAAUUGAAAUUCUCUUUAUAAAAGCUUCUGAAUCUGGUAAAGAAGUUCCAAGAAUGCUUGAAGCAAAUAAGUUGCACAUACGUCCAAUAUUUCCUGGAAAAGAAAACCAAUCAUUAUCAUCGACAUUGUUGAAGUCCUGCUUUUCAUGUGGAGAUGACCCAAGUGUUCUUCGGGAAGAGCCGGUUCAAACUGCAACGAAGUACUUAACUUGGCAUAGGACGGCAUCAUCACACUCCUCUGCAUCCAGAAAUCCUUUGGGUGGAAACUCAAAAGAGGAUGUUGAGGACCACUCUAGCAACUUAUUUGAGAACUUCUGCAUGAACUCAGGUAGUCAUGCUUCAACCUUGGAUAGGCUGUAUGCAUGGGAAAAGAAGCUCUAUGAUGAAGUCAAGGCUAGUGAGAUGGUCAGGAAAGAGUACGACCUGAAGUGUAAAGUGCUACGGCAUUUAGAAUCAAAGGAAGUGGGUCUACCAAAAGUCGAUAAAACACGAGCUGUUAUCAAGGAUCUACAUUCAAGAAUCAGAGUGGGAGUUCAUAGAAUAGAUUCUAUAUCAAAGAAGAUUGAAGAAUUACGGGACAAAGAGCUCCAACCGCAACUUGAGGAGUUGAUUGAAGCGUUAAGUCGGAUGUGGGAAGUGAUGUUUGAUUGCCACAAGCGUCAACUACAAGUCAUCGAAGCAGCGUCCUACCAUGGCAACAUGGGAAUCUCAAUGCAGUCUGAAACAAGGAGGCACAAUACCAUCUAUCUUGAAACCGAACUCGCAUCUCUAUCAUCAAGUUUCAUGAAGUGGAUUGCAGCGCAGAAGUUGUAUCUGCAAUUGAUAGAUGGGUGGCUUCGCACAUGUGUGUCUCUACCUCAAAAAUCAAAGGGAAAAAGAAGAACACAAGCCCCAUCCAUCAGAACUUAUGGACCGCCCCCUAUAUACAUUACAUGUAGUGUCUGGUUGGAGAAGAUUGACGAUUUACCUAUGAAGGAGGUCAUAGAUUCGAUAAAGGACUUGGCAACUGAAACCACCCGAUUUUUGCCACGCCAAGAGAAAAACUUGGGGAAGGGGAAGGGGAAGGGUAAGGUUGCGAAAAAUCUUUCAAUCUUAACCUCCUUUAAGGGAGACAAUGACAGUGAGUCAUUGGGCAAUAAUUUGUUACAAGACGAAGCGUCAGAGAGGUUGAUCUCUGGUUUUGAUCAUUUCAGGUCGAGGUUGGUUAAGUUUUUUGAAAACUUGAAUAACUUUGCAGAGGCUUCUGUGAAAAUGUAUGCAGAACUUGGGAAGACCAUCCAAGAUUUCAAGAGUAGUUACGAACAGUGGAAAUCCCAGAGACUAGAAAAGUAAUCAGGAGUCCAAGUAUGAACGAAGAAUGCAAAGGUUUUAGAAGCGAGUCAGGAAUAGUAGGUCACAGGAUUUGUAUAAUGGAAAACAUAAUAAAAAAGGCUGUUCUUUUAUUACAGAAACUGUAGCAGAAAAUAAGGGAGGAGCUGGUAUGCAAUCAGCACACACAUAUAAAUAGAAAGAUAAAGAAUGAUGUUGUAAGGUGUAACUACGAGUGUUUUACAUUACAAGUCAAAAUGAGUCAAUUUGCAGAGUUACAUUAAGCAUUGUAUAGUUUUAUUCCUCCAUAAACAUAAGGACACAUCUUUCACAGGUUCAUUCAUAUGAAAAGCUUAUAGCACCAUUCGUUCUUAUUA